AUGGACCUCCGCUUUUUGCUGACUUUCCUCUUCUGCUCAGUCUCGUGGAUUUUCUUCUGGGAAGUGCGCUGGAAGAAAGGCAAAGAAAAUCAGAUCGAAGAAUGGAUUCAAGGCCACGGUCUCUCCGAAUUCAAAUACUUAUUUGAAGGUCAGUUGAGAAAAUAUCAGACUCUUUGAGAUGGUCCAGUGUUUAUGAAUGACAUGGAACAGUUGCAGUUUGGCAUCUCUGAACUAUUGCUGAUGUAAAGGAGCCAGAGGCGAAUGUGAUUGCAUCCAAACACAGUAACAUCUUCAUUGAUUUACUUUGUAGUUGAUGCACAGCAAUCCAGUUCUUUUACAACAAGGGAAAUUGAUUAUCUUUAAUAUUUGCUCAUCCAUUGGAGUUUGUACAAAAGCCUACACAGUUCAAAGGACAUUUUUUUGAAUGUUCAGCCAUUGGGUGAAAUUCUUUAGCUCAUCCUCUACCAUUGAAGAGGUAGAGGUCUUGGUUUUAGGUUAGUGUAAUUUCCCAUAGCUCAUGAUGUUGUGGUUUCAGUGAUUUAGGGUGUGCCUGUUUGCAGGUAUGAGUAUAUUCUUAUCUUGGCCUCAUUUUGGUGAUGUUGAGGUGAAUUUCUUUAUGAUAAGGCAGGCUAUAGACUAGAUCCUUCUCUGCUCUGGCUGAUUUGUCUGUGGUGUCUGCCUGUGGUGUCUGCCUGUGGUGUCUGCCUGUGGUGUCUGCCUGUGGUGUCUGCCUGUGGUGUCUGCCUGUGCCUGUGUGUGUAGAUGUGCAGACUCUGGAGGAGCUGAGCCUGAGUAUUCUGACUCGUCUGGAGGACGUAGUGAGAGAGAAGCGGCGCUGGAGGGACAUCGCAGAGGCUCACAUCCAGCUGCUGCGAGACUUUGCCUUCCAGGAGUGGCUCUGCUCUCAGAGCCUUGAGCACUACUAUCAU